AUGUCGAACUCCAAGCUGUCUAAGUGCAGCCUGAGCAAUUUUCCCGAAGAACUCCUUUGCGGAAUCCUAGACGAAGUCGGCUCCGGCAUCGAUGAAGAAUACGUCCCCGGCACCAUACAGACUCUCCUCUCUCUAUCCGCUACCAGCCGCCAGUUCAAUCGACUCACAGAGUCUUACCUCUACAAAACCAUCGAGACCGAUCACUUUCAUUGCAGAAAGCUCGUUCAGCGUCUAGAGGACGAUCCCACUCUAGUCACACACAUCAAGCGACUCGUAUGGGACAAAAGGCCAAGCGAAACUCCAGGAUGGUACAGGACGCUGUCGGGUCCGUUGAGUACACCAAAUCUCGCACAGGUAUUCAAAACAUCCAAUAUCCCGUCGCACUGGAAGUCUAGCGACUGGAGGGAUAAAUGUGCCGCACUAACUCUAGUCUUGGUGCUCACUCCACGGGUAGAAGCCCUGGAAAUUAUGGACACGGAUUUCCGAUUUCGCAUGAGCGACGGCAAAUACGGGCCAUCUUUAUGGUCCACGCUGAGGCGAUACCCCGAUCCCAGACUUACCGAGCGCUUCGCCAACAUACGUACGCUACGAUUUGGCCAUCAAGACGUGGACUUAGAAGCGCUUUUGUAUGCCCUUCGAUUACCAGCUCUACGUACACUGAGCUUCAAAGGCGAACUCGUGGAUAGGGACAGAUUCAAUCACGGAGUCGUUCGACCGAUGAAUCCCUCCUUGGCACGAUGCGCACAGCUGGCAACGAUCCCGCCACGAAGCUCACCUAUCGAGUAUCUCCACAUCGAGAAUAGCGCUAUCCACUCGAAGCAUGUCGCCAUGAUCCUGCGCUGUAUCAAGAACCUCAAAGACUUCGGCUUGACGUUCGCCGGAACCAGAACCGAACCCUCAAUAAGCAGAGCCAUCUACGAACACAACGGAUACGGAGUACCAGCGUUACACUAUCCUACCCUACUUGGAGCUAUCAUGGAGCAUUCCAAAUCGUUGGAGAGCCUCACUCUGCAGACCAGACUGUCGCACGAGCCCAACAUAUACAAUACAGCUGCGGCAGGAUGCCUACGAUUAGAACAAGUCCGCAACCUUGAGUACCUCAGAACGGAUAUAGUAACCCUAUAUCGCGACGAAACAACGAACUCGGACCGGCAACAGCACGAAAUCUUCAACUCCCUUCCGCCUGGUAUACGUCGGCUUGACCUCGAUAUGUACGAACCAACAUGGCCGUACUUUAGGUGUCCGAAGGCUGCACUGAUGAGUCUAGCUAUGGACUGUGCGCAGAAGUAUCCGCUACUUAAAGGGUUGUGGAGGGCGUUUUCGAAGGUUCUUAAAGAGGUUGGGAAUGCUUUCGAAGCACAAGGGGUAUCUAUUCGGUUCUGCCCUCGCACCAAGCAAGCCAGCACUUCAGGUGACAUGUACACUCCGCUGAGGAAAAGCAAGAGUGUCUAA